UUUCCCAAGACAAACCACGGCGUGGAAUGGUCUGUGCGGAAUGCGAAUAAUUCAUGGCUAACCGUGUCUACACACGACCUCACUAUAAUAGUUCAGGAAAAUAAAACUUUUGAAGUUCUAUUAAAUGGUUCACCGGAUCAAGAUAUCUCCGUGAGUUUGGUGAGACAGCAUGAGGCUCUAGUUAAAUUGUAUCCAAAUGACUUCUCAAUCAGCUCGGCGAAUCCACAAAACCAGACAAUCUACGUGCUUGGCGUGCAACCUGGAAAUUUGGAAAUCACGGCUAAAAGCGUACCAGACGACUUAGGGUUUGUGGACGACUUGUUUGUUCGCGUUACUGUUGCCAAUUCCGAGGCUAUAAUUUAUAUAUCUGUAGUAUUUGGAUGGCUUUAUUUCGUAGCGUGGUCCAUCUCAUUCUAUCCACAAAUCUAUAUUAAUUUCAAACGCAAGUCUGUUGUUGGACUCAACUUUGACUUUUUGGCGCUUAACUUGGUCGGCUUUGUGUUGUACAGCAUUUUCAAUUGUGGCCUUUAUUGGAUACCUGAGAUACAAGCAGAAUAUGCUAGCCGCCAUCCACGUGGUCUAAAUCCAGUAUUAUUGAAUGAUGUUGUAUUUGCGCUACAUGCAGUUUUUGCAACAAUUUUGACAAUCAUUCUAUGUAUUACAUCAUUAUUACAGCGCGGCCAACAGCGGAUCUCAAAAAUCGCAUCUGGUAUCUUGGGUGUGUUCGCCAUAAUUGUAUUGGUCAUCGUAAUUCUCGCCGCCGUUGACGUCCUGAAUUGGCUGGAUUUUCUCUAUUACUGCAGCUACAUUAAAUUAUCGAUAACAAUUAUAAAAUAUGUGCCACAGGCACUAAUGAACUAUAGACGCAAAAGUACUUUGGGUUGGAGCAUUGGCAAUAUUUUAUUGGACUUUACAGGUGGAACCCUCAGCAUGCUACAGAUGAUUUUGAAUGCCUACAAUUAUGAUGAUUGGGUGUCAAUUUUUGGCGAUCCGACAAAGUUUGGCUUGGGCUUAUUCUCAGUGCUUUUCGAUGUGCUUUUUAUUCUGCAGCAUUAUGUAUUUUACAGGAAUGCACAACAGCUUUCCAGCUCCACGCUCACCAACGCCACAGAAGUGGAAAAUGGCAAAGAUGGCGAGCAGCGCUAAUCAACCAACACCAACACACUAAUCUACUUAGUUCAUAUUUUCUGUGCACAUUGUUUUGUGCAAUUUUCCAGCAGAGAUUUUCCGGAAGUAUUCUGAGAUAAUUUAUAAAGUGCUUGCAUAUCUAAAAAUGCAUUUAUAUUAAUUUGUAUGUAUGUAUGUGAUUUGAUAAUUAAAUUAAUUUUUAUACUACUUAAGUAAAGUAUGUGUAAUAAUUUAAACAUUUAAGCAUGUAUGUAUACAACGUCGAUGUUUUUGCAAAACCGCCCAUCGCCCAAUUGCAAAACCGCUUAUCUUACGGCACUCAAAUUUUACAGGAGAGCGAAAAAUUGAUUUUUCUUUGAAGGCUUUGCCUUGAUAAUCGAUACUUCCUCUAGCUAUUAUUUUACAAAUCUAUUGUUUUAAUUUAACGAUUUUUAUGCAUAAAUCUCGAUGCCUGGAGCUCAGGGUUACCAAAUCUAAUUUUUGGCACAGCGGCGAUUUAGGCGGUUUUGAAACUGGUCGAUGGGCGGUUUUGCAAAAACAUCGACGAUAUGUAUUUGUGUAUAUAUAUGUAUGUAGAUAUAUAAAUAUGUGCGUAAAUCAUUGUUGUAUUCAAUAAAAGUAGCUAAA